AACUUUUUUUUUAGAACCACAUUCUCAACCCUGCUCUGAAGAAAGGCAACAACUCAACCAUGUUGCUUCUAAAAUUUCUUUCCACUUCCUGGCAAAAUAUCAAGAAGUAUGCCUCCUAAAAAGGACUCGAAGGGGUCUUCUAAACAACCCCAAAAGACCCAAAAAAAGAAGGAAGGAGGAUCCGGAGGCAAAGCCAAGAAGAAGAAGUGGUCGAAAGGAAAAACCCGCGAUAAAUUGAACAAUCAUGUAUUGUUUGACGCCGGAACUUAUGAGAAAUUGUACAAGGAAGUACCAUUGUACAAAUUGAUCACUCCAUCGAUCAUUAGCGAUCGUUUAAAGAUUCGUGGCUCCCUUGCGAGGAGAGCGCUCAUCGAAUUGGAAAAGAAGGGACUUAUCAAACAAAUUGUGCAACAUCACGCUCAAUUGAUUUAUACUCGUUCCACUAAAGUAGAUGAGUAAAUGUGUCCUUUAUAAUAAGUGAAAAAAAAAAUAAAGUUAAAAUUCUUUACA